UUGAUUGAAAAUUGCAUAUACCUUCGGCCUCCCAAGAUCAAAAUCUUGGGAUUAGGGUUUAGGGUUAGGAAUCAAUUUCUAAAUCUUCACCAGAGAAUGAAACUUGAUCAUCGCCGACCGGAAGAAAAAAUGAAUAGCGUUAGCCCAUGGAAACGGAAACGCCCUGAACGGGAAGGUUCAUUCGUAAUUCCGCGACAUAGUAUUGGGGAGAGGUUUGACCAUUUUGUAUAUGCUAAUAUGGACGUAGAUAUUGAUACCAAAAGAGCGGCUUUGAAAGCUUCUCCUUCAGUUGUUUGUCUUACAUCCCUUACAGGUGGGAAGAUGUUUGCAUGUUCUGGGACUAUAAUAGAAUGCGAGGAUGUUAAUGGAACAUUCAUCAGUACCAUUUUAACUUCUGCGACUCUCCUAAGAUCACCUAUUGAUGCAAAUGCUAUACAGAUGAUAGAAGGCAACAUUAGGCAUAACAACACUGUAUACAAAUUACAUAAUGAUGAUGAUGAUGAUGAUGAUGAUGAUGAUGAUAUUGACAUUGGUGAGUACAACAUUAGUAAUCAAAAGAAUAUCGUUAGUUCCGAUGAUCUCUCUUAA